GCCGGAGGGCAGGCGGGCCGGGCUCGAAUGUUGGGAUAGAUCGGUUCGUAGGCAGGGGAGUGGGACCUGAGGGCAGAGGCGCGGAGAGGCAGCACUAGAGUACGAGGCGAGGCUUCAGCCUGGAAGGCGGGCGGGGGGCGCGUAGGAGUCUGAAGCCUCCGAGGAGACGGGGACGGUGGAGCUGCGGUCUCGGGGAGCAGCGGGCUUAGGACGGGCUGGUUUGACGGCGGCUGGCGGGAGGCAGACGCGGCGGCGCGCCUCGGGGCGGUGGAGGCCCGCCCACGCUGGGGCGGGCGGUGGAGGACGCGGGGCGGCGCGGGGGCGGGGCCUUGCGGACCGCGGUGCUGGGCGGGUGGGCCGCGGCGAUGCGGGGCACGAGCUGCGUGGGUGGCGGCGGCGAGAGCCCUGGCAGCGCGGGGCUGAGCGAGGGCCCGCGGGGCCGCUGGCUGCGCCUGGCCCCCGUCUGCGCCUACUUUCUCUGCGUCUCGCUGGCCGCGGUGCUGCUCGCCGUGUACUACGGCCUCAUCUGGGUCCCCACGCGGCCCCCCGCGGGCCCCGCCGGCCCGCCGCCCAGCGCGCCGUCCCCUCCCUGUGCCUCUCGCUCCGGCGCGCCGCCUGUCCCGGUGCCCGCCGCCGCCUCGGUGUCCUGCCUCCUGGGCGCCCCGGGCGGGCCGCGACCCCAGCACGAACUGCCGCGGAGCCGCCGCCGUCGCCACAACGACCACAACCGCCGCCUGACUCCGGAAGAGACGCCCGAGGCCACGGGGGGGCGAGGGCCCGGGUAACCGACCCUUCCACCCGACCCGAUCGUCAGCCCUCGAGAGCCCGGUGCUCCCCGCCGAGCAUGCAUGCCGUCCCCGGAUGGUCCCGGGCUCAGUGACAUCGCCCAGCCUUCGGAGCCGUCAUCCUGAAGAAUGAGGGCAGCGGGCGCUGACUCGGGGCCUCGCCCUGGGCGGCUCUUCCGCGGUCAGACCUGUCCACCAUCUGGCAGAUUCCCACCGACCUCUGCCUCUUGACCCAGCCCCCAUGGGAUUCUGAGCACGGCGCCCACCGCCCACCCCGCUACUCUCCCCGAAUCUUCGCACCCGACUGCAAUAAACUCCAGCCCUAGCUGCCUCGUGCUGUGUCUGUGGUGUUUGCAAAGAAGCCUCCUUUUCCAAGUCUGAGGAGAACUCUCGGGGGGUUUGGCCUUUGUCUUUUGCCAUGGGUGGAUUUUGUGGGCUUUCCCCCUUCUCCAGGGGACCCUUUUGCUUUUUUCAUCACCUUUAUGUAAUUUUUAGGUUAGGGUGGGGAGAAGAGGCCUAUCAGUACCGGGCCACUGAAGGUCAGACAGCAUAAAGGACUUACCAGUUUUUGAUGUGCUUGAAACAGAGAACAAGUGCCUUUUUGAAGAAAAAAAUUUUAAAAAGAGGGUAUCUGCUCCUACAGCACGGGAGACCAGCUCUGGGGUUCUGAGAAAUGCUGUUGUUUUAAUCACAACGUUAGGAAGAGAGAUUAAAUCACCCUGACGAGGAUGCAGCUAGGAUGGAAUGAUGCUUGCUGCCUUCCUGGUUUUAGAAAUGAGGGUGGACGGGUGACUGUGGGAAUUUUUUGCCUCUCUGGAAGCCAUGAAGCAAAUUAGCAAAGUGCUGUGCUGCUUCUAAAGGUGAGUACAGCCUCUGACCUGGAAUGCUGCUGGUAAGCCAUGGCCAAGAAACAGAUCGAGCUUCUGGCGAAGGAGUCAGAUUGUUGAGUACAUUUUCCUUUCAGAGAAUUGAGACCUGGCCCUGGGCAGGGCCUGGGAUCCUGCAUGCAGGAAGUGGUUUUUCUGUCUUGGCCCCCCCCCACCACCACCACCAAAACUGGAGACUAUCCCAGGAGAGUGAGGCUGAGCCUCUUCUUGCAGAUGGCCAGUCCCUGGAUGUGGAGGAGGAGUGUCAGUUACUCUGCUUGCUCCAGCAUUCCCCAGUGGGUGACAGGGUCAGAAGCAGAAUGCAGGAAGCCAGCACUCUAUAGCCAGCCCAGAUGGUGGCUAGGGGCACGAACUUGGGGCUGAAUUACCCAGAUUCAAAUCCCAGGUCUUCCUCUCAUCGUCUAUGCGACUUUGGGCAGGUUACUUGACCUCUCUGUUCCCGUAAAAUGAAGAGGACAGCAUUUAACCAAGCUCCUGUGAGAAUUCAAUAAGCAAGUGACCUAAGACCUUCACAGCAAAGCCAUGUGUUCUCUCUCUCCAUCUCCUCUGUCCUUCAGGGAUAUAAGAACCACAGCUUGGAUCCCAUGGGCUAUCAAGUUAGUCUGAGGCCCUGGACACCAGCAAGUAGUGAGUUCAGGGGAGGGACUGCUCUUUCUAGUUUCUAACUCUCCCGGCCCUGGUAAUCGCCAGUCUCCUCUGCAUCUCUACUGUCUCCUCACCCGCUUUCUGUGUGUCCAUAUGGUCUCUGUCUCUUCCACUCUCAGCUCCUCUCUGUUGCUCCCCCCACCCCCAUCUCAGCCUCCAAACCCUCCUCUGGCUCCUUCCCUUUUGUUUUCUCUUCCUCUACUGCUUCUCAAUCUCUUUCAGUCUCUCGGU